ACGUGACCCCCAGGAGCUAAGAAGGUUCGCACUGCAGAGCGGGUGAGGGACCACGCGGUGUCCGUGAACGGGGGUGUGUGAGCCAAGGCCUGCCACGGGAGGGGCCAGGGUGAAGCUGCCCCGUGGCCCCCACGUGGUCUCUCCCCAGGACCCCCAUCCGCCCCACCUGCCCCGCAGCUCCUGUGACUGUGGGGAAGUGGGUGCCCCGCGCAGGGCCCCGGGGUGAUGCCUCACGUGCGCCAUCCUCACGCCUGUGCCAUAACCCGGAUGCGUGUGUCCGCCGUGGGGUCCGGCCCUUGGCGCCUCCCUGCUUCUCUGGGGCACUUGCGGGUGUGAUGCGGGGAGCUUCUCAGAGCCCUUUGAGGAGUGGGGACCCAUGUCCCUGCAGGCCUCGCGCUCAGUCCCCGCGCUCUUGAGACCCUUGGCUGGAACUGUUUCGGUUCAGACUUCUCUCAGAACCUCAGGAGUCGCUUGUUUAAAUUUCACGAAUUCCUGUGGCUGUUGAAUUUGGGGCUUCCCCACAGGUCAUGGUGACAUUUCCGUCCUGGGAACCCCUGCAGGAUGGGGGGCUGUGCUCAUCCUGGCCAGUGCAGGUGGCCCUGGGUCUGACCUCCGUCCUCAUGUCUUGCUCCUUCCACAAGAUAAGUUCUAUACCUCUGUUGCACCAUCAGUUAGGAUUUCUUCCUUCGUGUCACUGGUUCGCCUCCCCCUCCCAAGGUCCUUGCGUGCCCUCGAUCCGGCCUCCCUGUCCCAAGGUCCGCGCAUGCCCUGGAUCUGACUCCCGCUCCCUUUCUGUUGGUUCUCGCUCGCAUCUGAGUGUUGCUUUGGGAACAAUAUGGGAAUCACGUGGCAGCGCAGGUCCCUGCCCCAGUCCCAGUGUGCUGGUCUUGCUGUCCAUGGGGAAUGCUCUCUGUGGGCCCCUGGGGGUCUCACUGACUAGGGAAGCCCCUCCUGGCCCCACAUCCUGAGAAAGGAGUGGCCAGCCUGUGGAGAGCAGCCGAAAUCUGCCCUCAUGCGGCGACGUCCCCAGGACCCUCAGGGCUCCGCCUCCCAUGGCUGUGAUGGGUCUCUCGCCCAUUCCCUCCGCCCUCCGCCUGGCCAGAAGUGGCCGCCACUCCCUCCCAGCCCCUCCCCUCAACCCUGGUGGCCCGGAGCUCCUGGAGGCCCCGGAAACCCGCUGGCCCGCAGGUCUCCACCCUGCAGUGAGAGCAGUGCGGUUCUCUGGGAAUGUGGGAUCUUGUUCUGUCCUUAAGGGAAAAUCGUAGAAAGAUUCUCAGAGGAUUUCAGGCACAUAGAAGCGUCACCUGGUCACCGAAGCAAAGGUCUGCUUUUCCUGCAGACUUUUCCUGUGUUUCCCCGGCAAUGAGGGCCUCCUGAUGGGGGUCUCCUUCCUGCCUGUGAUGGGUCUCCUCCUGAGUCCAAGUCCAUCUGUAAACAAAGCCCGUGCCCAUCCCUGGAGGCGACCACGGCCACGGCCACAGCCACACUGGGGUCGGGGUGGAUGCCUCUCCUGGGUCCUCUGCCAUGUGGGCUGCACACGCUCAAGAGUGUUAGUGCAGUUGUCUCUCUGCUGUGGGCUGGACAGACGCAGGAUUCCCCUGGGACCCUGGAGGGUCCUCCACCCGCCACCUGCCCCCAGAGGUGGACCACCCGGGGCCCCCUUGCCAUGCAGCUGCGGGAGGAGUCCAUGCACACCUGUCUGGCCCUCCUCCCGUCUUGUAGAUGGAUUUGUGCGGCAGGAGCUGGAGACGGGUCGUCCCGGAAGCAGGGGGCAAGCGGCCCUCGCCCCCCAACAGGUCCCGAGUGAAUGGCUGGUCGAGGCCCCUGCACUCCUUCCAGGCGGUGGCCUGGGUCACGGUCCUCAUCCUGGCCGUCGCCAACUUUGGCAUCUUCAUCCCCUUCCUGCCAUGGGACUGGAAGGACGUCGCCUACGGUGUGACCGGCGGGCUCUUCUUUCUGCACUUCUCCGUCCACCUGCUCGCAGUUUCGAUCGACCCGGCCGAGCCCAACGUCCGGCGCAAGGAGAACUACUCGGAGCCUGUGCCCACCUUCGACCGGUCCAAACACGCACAUGUGAUCCAGGACCAGUACUGCCACCUGUGUGAGGUCACCGUGAGCCCGAAGGCCAAGCACUGCAGCGCGUGCAACAAGUGCGUCUCGGGCUUCGACCACCACUGCAAGUGGCUCAACAACUGUGUCGGGGGCAGGAACUACUGGUACUUCUUCCUCUCCGUGGCUUCCGCCUUGGCCGGGCUGCUCUGCCUCAUGGCCGUCCUGCUCUACGUCUCUAUCCAGUUCUUCAUCGACCCGGCGGAGCUCCGCACGCACCCCUGCUACAAAAAGGUCUCCAACGAGAACACCUGGCUGCUGUUCCUCCCCCUUUUCCCUGUAAAGGUGAAGACCCCUGUGGUCCUGGGCAUUGGGGUGUUGGUGCUGCUGUUGGACGUCAUCGGCCUCCUGCUGCUGGGGCACCUGCUUGUCUUCCAUCUGUAUCUAAUGGCCAAGAAGCUGAGCACGUUUGACUACAUGACACAGGGCCGCCAGCAACAGACUCCAAGAGCUGCAGCAGAGAAGGAAGAGCUGUCCAUCCAAACGAGACUCCCAAAGCACACAGACAGCAGCAGCCAGAGCCCAUCCGCACAGAGGUACGUUGUACACUCGCCAGAGUCGUUUGAUGUGUGUGAAUGUGGGCCGCCUGCUCUUCGUAACUCAAAUGACUUUGGAAGAGUGAAGUCCAAGGAGCUCCUGCUGUCGGAUAUGCUCUCCCAUCAGCUGUCCAGUACCGUGUUCCCAGAGAACUUGUGGCCAACGGACUCGGACAGCAAGCUGACGUCCCCUGCCCUUGGGGUGAAGGCCUCCUCGGUGACGUGUUUCUCCUUCCUGUCCCGCCCUAGCAGACCCAGGCGGAAGGUGCUCCUGUCGCUGUCUAGGUCCUCAGGUGUGAGCUCUGCCACCACCACCGCUGGCCCCGGGAGCACCCUGUCACUGAAGGUCUCAGAGGGUCUGCAGUGAGACCCGAGGCCGCCUGAGCAGGAGGAAGGCACCCCGUGCUAACUCAACCUGCUCCCCAGGACCGCCCACCUGUGAGGUGUCUCCAGGCAGCCACAUGCCAUGUAGCUGACCCAUGGGAACCCCCCUGCCUCUGCUCCCAUGUCCCCAUCACGACAGACAGACCUCAGAUGCGUCCAGCUGGAGUCCGGGGGACAAGGAAUGUGAGAAGGGACACACUCUGGUACCAGGAUCGCCCAGGAGGCACAAAGACAUGGAUGCAAGGGAGCAGAAGCUCAGAGUAAGAGACCCACACUCGCCGUCCAGUAGGGGAGGCAGUGCCCCUGCGGCGGUUUGCCCUUAAAUACAACCAGAAUGAAAGACAACCGGCGGGGACAGCGGACAGCGGGCAGACUCCCCAGCGGUAAGGAAGGAAGGGCGGGAAAUAAACAGCUGUCCUC